CUGUAAGCGGCCUUUGAUUCUGGCUGAGGACUUCCGGCUGACUCACAUUUUUAUGUCACCUGUGUAUAACAAUUGAAGUGUUGCCGCAAUAGCUUAGUCUUACUGUGUAGUUAUAUAUCAACCAGAGUUUGAACAAGACAUUUUUAAAACUGAAGAAUUUUCUUUCUUUCCCCCAGCAUGGCCUGAUAAUUGUGGUGCCUCCACUAAUCCUCCUCUCUCCUUCCCGUUGAUGUGCACACAGCAGUAGAGUUGCUUAGAUGGAUGCGUGAUUGUAUUUAACCACCUGAGUGAUGUCCAGACUAACAGUAAGAUAUCAGCCAGUUAGACACCAGACAAGCAUCAGUGACAUUGACCUUGAUGAUGUGCCAUUGAUGAUGGGUGAACACUUUGAGAUCGACGAAUCGGACUUGCUAGUACCAAAGAAGAAGAAGGGACUGAAGUACUACCUUACAGAGGGGUGGAGUGAUGCCCUGAACAGAUGCUGGGAUGCAUUGGUAGAGAAAUGUCGCAGAAAGGUGGAAUACAAGCCCAGGACGAUAUGGGUUGGAAAGAGAGCAAAGACAGACAUAGGAGAUGGGGUGGUCUACCCUCCAAAUGUGAUCAGAAAUCAGAAAUACAGUAUUUUCUCUUUUAUACCACUGGUGUUAUUUGAACAGUUCAAGUUUUUCCUAAAUCUCUAUUUUCUUGUCAUGGCAUGUUCUCAGUUCAUCCCAGAAAUCAGAAUUGGUUAUCUUUAUACAUAUUGGGGCCCACUGGGUUUUGUGAUAUUUGUCACCAUGGCACGUGAAGCUGUGGAUGAUUUCAGGAGGUUCAGACGAGACCAGGAAAUGAACUCCCAAAAGUACCAAAGACUCACCCGCACUGGGAUUGAGAGUGCACCAAGCUCUGACAUCAGAGUUGGGGACAUUAUCAUAGUGGAAAAGAACCAGCGUGUGCCUGCUGACCUCAUCCUGCUGAGGACGACAGAGAAAACAGGUGCUUGUUUUAUCAGAACAGACCAGCUGGACGGGGAGACAGACUGGAAACUGAGGCUAGCCGUGCCUGGUACACAGAAACUCCCCAGUGAUGAGGAUCUACAUGAAAUAACAGGUCAGGCCUAUGCUGAGAAACCACAGAAAGAUAUCCAUAGUUUUGUCGGAACCUUUCAGAGGAUGGAUGAUGGAGGGAAGUGUGAGGAUCCCCUGUCCAUAGAGAACACACUAUGGGCUAACACUGUGGUGGCCUCAGGUACUGCCCUGGGACUGGUGGUCUACACGGGCUCUGAAACCAGGAGUGUCAUGAAUACAUCAGCACCUAAGAGCAAGGUAGGACUGUUGGACCUGGAGGUGAAUACGCUGACUAAGGUGUUGUUUCUCUCUGUCCUGGUGCUCUCUAUUGUCAUGAUGGUAAUAAAGGGAUUCCAAGGUCCAUGGUACAGAUAUAUGUUCAGAUUUGUUCUUCUGUUCUCUUACAUCAUCCCAAUCAGCUUGAGGGUCAACCUGGACAUGGGCAAGGUAGCCUACUCUUGGUUCAUACAGCGAGACAAAGACGUUCCCGGGACUGUGGUACGCAGCACAACUAUACCAGAAGAACUAGGGAGGAUCACUUAUCUCUUGUCUGACAAGACUGGAACUCUCACACAGAAUGAAAUGGUGUUCAAGAGGUUACAUUUGGGCACAGUGUCUUUCAGUCCAGAGACCAUGGAUGAGGUCAUGGCACACCUAAAGACUGCCUUCUCUCAGCAAGCUCCUCUGACGUCAAAGUCCUCCACUCUUCCCAAAGUAAGACGCACAGUCGUAACGCGCGUGUACGAGGCCGUGAAAGCGCUGGCACUGUGUCAUAACGUCACACCAGUCUAUGAAGAGACGGACACAGAAAACCAAGACACAGAAGCAGACCAGCAGUCAACACAGAAAGCUGUGUACCAGGCCUCUAGUCCAGAUGAGGUAGCACUGGUCAGCUGGACAGAAAGUGUAGGGCUGGCGCUGGUCAAGCGUGAUCUGACCUCCAUGCAGCUCAGUAUCCCAAGUGGACGUCAUGUGAGAUAUGAGAUCCUCCAAAUUUUCCCCUUCACAUCUGAAACCAAGAGAAUGGGCAUCAUAGUCAGGGAGGAGGAGACAGGAGAGAUCACCUUCUACAUGAAGGGUGCUGAUGUUGUCAUGAUCUCUAUUGUUCAGUAUAAUGACUGGCUGGAAGAAGAGUGUGGUAACAUGGCCAGGGAGGGGUUGAGAACUCUUGUGGUAGCAAAGAAGACACUGUCAGAGGACCAGUAUAAGGAUUUUGAAUCUAGAUAUCACCAGGCUAAGCUGAGUGUCCAGGACAGGGCGACCAAGGUGGCAGCAGUGGUGGAGAGUUUGGAGAGAGACCUGGAGCUGUUGUGUCUGACUGGAGUGGAGGACAAACUCCAGGAUAAUGUCAGACCCACUCUGGAACUGCUCAGGAAUGCUGGGAUCAGGAUCUGGAUGCUGACAGGGGACAAGCUAGAGACAGCCACGUGUAUCGCCUCCAGCUCUCGCCUGGUGUCCAAGGUGCAGAGUAUCUACGUGUUCAGGAAUGUCUCUAGCAGGGAAGAGGCCCACCUGGAACUGAACACCUUCAGGAAGAAAAGUGACUCUGCUCUGGUUAUAAAAGGGGACUCACUAGAGAUAUGCCUCAAGUACUAUGAGCAUGAGUUUGUGGAGCUGGCGUGUCAGUGUCCUGCUGUUGUGGUAUGCAGGUGCUCUCCAACACAGAAAGCAGAAAUAGUCAAAUUGCUCAGACUUCACACCAAGAAGAGGACAUGUGCAAUAGGUGAUGGUGGCAAUGAUGUUAGUAUGAUACAGGCAGCAGAUGCUGGGAUAGGAAUUGUAGGAAAGGAGGGUAAGCAGGCGUCGCUAGCAGCUGACUUCUCUAUUACACAGUUCAGUCAUGUGGCCAGGUUAUUGUUGGUGCACGGCAGAAACAGCUACAAGAGAUCAGCAUCCCUGAGCCAGUUUGUCAUCCACAGAGGUCUGAUCAUCUCCACCAUGCAGGCUAUCUUCUCCUCAGUCUUCUACUUUGCCUCCAUAGCUCUCUUCCCUGGCUUCCUCAUGGUUGGCUAUGCCACUAUCUACACCAUGUACCCAGUAUUCUCUCUGGUGUUAGAUAAAGAUGUAUCUGCAGAGAUAGCAAUGACCUAUCCUGAACUGUAUAAAGACCUCACUAAGGGGAGGUCACUCUCUUUCAAAACCUUCUUCUUAUGGGUGCUGAUUAGUCUGUACCAAGGUGGUAUAAUCAUGUAUGGUGCAUUCCUGUUAUUUGAUGAAGACUUUAUCCAUGUGGUCUCCAUCACCUUCACAUCACUCAUCCUCACAGAAUUACUGAUGGUUGCCUUGACGAUACGGACCUGGCAUUGGCUGAUGGCAGUGGCGGAGAUCUUCAGUUUUGGCAUUUACGUUGCAUCUCUGGUGGUGCUCAAGAAUUUCUACUUUGAUGAAGACUUUCUGAAGAGCUGGGACUUUGUGUGGAAAGUUCUGGUGAUCACCUCUGUCAGUUGUAUUCCUCUCUACAUCCUCAAAUAUCUCAGGCGAAAGUUUUCACCCCCAAGUUACUCUAAGCUUCAGCCAUAAGAGACUGCAUCAUCAUCAUCAUCAUCAUCAUCAUCACCAUCAUCAUUAUUAUCAUCAUCACGAGGAGAGUAAUUUUUCUAGGAUAUCUCUUCGUUUUCAGAAAAGAUAAUAAUAAUUGAAUUGAAUAACUGAAUCCCAAGUCAAUCCCUCCGUGUUUUCCAGAUAACAGUACUGAAAGA